AUGGGAUUAAAGGAAGCGGCAAUGGCAAAAGGAGACGGAAACAGGGAAGAUACCAUCGUCCACGACGAUGGCGAUAGAGUGAAAGUGACGACAAAGGCAAACAGAGACAGCAACAGGGGACACGGCGUCGUCAAUGCUGGUGACGAUGGCUAUGAAAUUGGCGACAAUGGCCAAAGGGGAAACGGCGUCCAUGGAGGUGGCCGCGGCCUGGACAAGGAGACGUCAACAGGCGAUGGAGGCGACGCUGGCUAUGAAAUUGGCGGCAAUGGCCAAAGGGGAAACGGCGUCCAUGGAGGUGGCCGCGGCCUGGCCAAGGAGACGACAACAGGAGCCGCCCUGUACACGAGACACCAUGACUCCAUUCAUUCUAAUGCUGUUGCCUACGGAGGUCAGCCACGUGCUGCUGUUGCUCAGCGCGAGCGCCGUCAGCUGCGCCCGGUGCGUGGACGGCAGCCGUGCCGAGUGCGGGAGAGAGAGGUGCCGGUCGGGAAGAGCGUGCGCGAGUGGCAGACUGUGCGUGUGACAGUGCGAGACCCGAGGCGCGAGGACGCGAGGACGACCCUGCCACCGCGUGGAGGACGCCAGGCGGGAUUUGUUUUGACGGUGGUUACUGUCGAUGUACCGUUACAGUGGAGACAAGACAUUCAAGCGGGACUAUUCCUUUCUCUGCAGGUUGUAUUCCUAGACAGGCCCAUCCUAUCGUGGAGACGUGAAUAUUGGCUGAUGUGUCGUACAGUAAAGAGGAAGGGAUGGGCGACGCCAGAAGAGAAGAAGUGGGGAGACCUUGAAGAUGCCUAA